AUGCAAGUAGCAAGCUGGAGACCGUCGAUAGAUGGGUAUAUCAACACGCAAAACGGGGGCGUGGAGAUGGAAAUCGACGGGUCUGUACUGUGCCACAUUAUAAAUCCAUAUUCCACGACACCGGACCCUGACCCCUGGGCUUGUCAGGAGGAGGAAGAAAUGCCCAAUCGCCGCGAGGCCAAGCAAGUUACAUUCCCGUUUGGAGAGUUGGCGUGGAGCACGGUGGAGGGGAAAACGCAUGCGCAUUUCAAGCCGGGACUUGAAAAGGAGCUCGCCAAUGCAAAGGUACCGUUUGGCGACGAGGUUGGGUCAAAGUUUGAGCCGGGAACCCUGAUUGCGUCGUACCUGACGGCGCUGAACCAUGGGGCGUCGGACCCAAACUUUCAGCUCGCGAGCCCUACUGCUCCUAUAUCGGAACGCAUAGACAGAUUUGUGAAAUGCUUCAUGGCGUUAGCAAAGGGGGGCCGAGAGCCAUUAAUUAUAUCACGAGACUGGCUCGAGGAAGCAGCACGAAUCAAACGGAGAGUUCUAGCCGAGGGUGGCAGUAACCGCUCCUUUUACGAUGAUAUCAUCGACGCCAUCGACGCGGUCGACAAAUCUGAAAUGCCGCGCGAUACCAAGGGCUUCAUAAAGCAUGAAAUACGGCUUCGGUUCUUUUUUGAGAAGGAUAGUUUCCAUUUUUAUCUCGACGGUGGAACCGAGACCAGUGGGCCUGUUCCGUUCUAUUGGAUUGAGAGACUUUCAAAAGAAGUCUUGGAAUCGUACAAGAGCCAUCCAGCGGGGACCUGGAAACGCACGUUGUAUGAGAGUAGGCAUGACGUACAGAGUGUUCUCAGGGUUUAUCCAUGCGUGUACAUGAAGAAAUGGCUGUUGGUGCAGGAAUUUACACGUGGCUGUGAGUUGUGGAAGGGAAACGUGCUUCUUGGGGCGCCUGUCCUCGCCUAG